UUUUACAGAUUGUAAACCAAGAACUAAAUUGAUAGGACUAGAUCUAGAUAAGAUAGUAGUAGUAGUCUAUAGAUCUACUUACUUGGCCAACUUGUGGCUUAUAGAGUCUAGUUAUAGACAUAGAUCUAGUCUAGAUCUCUACUAAGUCUAGUGUGACGAACUAGUAAAUCUACUAGCUAGAUUCUAGAUCUAAAUGAUUAUUUACUAGACUCUAUUAAUCUAUUAGACUUAUCAUUAUGAUGACUUAUGAGUCUUAUAUUUAUAUGCUUAUUAGUGACUAUUCAUACUCAUACUGGUAAAAUACUGGCUGGUAAAACUUUACUCUAAAUGUGAGUGUGAGAAUAGUAUCAAGUAACUCAAGUCAGUCAAGUAUAGAUCUAGUCUAGAUCUAGAUCUAGUCACUACACAGUUAUUAACAAGUAUGGAGUUAUCUGAUGUAAAAAAUGGAGUGUUACUCAUUCUGGUCACAGUUUUAGUACACAGCUGUAUGAUUAGAGGACAUGUGGAAGUUGAAGAAAAUAAUUUACUUAAAGAAAUAUCUAAUUUGGCAGCAGUCAAAGGGCUAUCAGAAAAGGAGACUAGGCAUUCAAGAGUUCUCGAAAGAUCUAACAUAGAGGAUACCAUCACAACAUUAGUUCUUCUACAAGUUGUCUUUCGACAUGGAGAUCGUAGCCCUACCCACACAUACCCCAAUGAUCCUUAUAAAGAUUAUUGGCCACAAGGACUGGGUCAGCUCUCAAAGGUUGGAAAAAUUCAAGCACAUAAUCUUGGAAAAUCUCUUCAGCAAAACUACACUAAAUUUCUUGGUACUAAAUAUAAUCAUAGUCAGAUUUUUGUGAGAAGCAGUGAUUAUGAUCGUACUUUAAUGACUGCAGAGUGUGUUUUGGCUGGACUUUUCCCACCAAGCAAGGAAAACCAUGAUCCAGAUAAGAAGUUUUUCACCAGUCUCUCCAACCAAUGGCAGCCGAUUCCAGUACACUCAGUGCCUCUAAAAUUUGAUAUAUUACUGCGACCUUCACAUAGUUGCCCUUUUAUCCAACAUCUGCGUACUGAAAGAGAAGCUAAUCAACUUCUUAAUAGAACAGGUCUAUUUGACAAGCAACACAUGUUGGAGCUUAGUCAAAGAACAGGGAUGGAGAUGAAUUUUACAAGUUUGUUUGACUUUGUAGAUAAUAUAUUUUGUUUGAAACAACAUAAUUUACCUCCACCUGUAUGGCUUAGCCAAGAAAUGCAAAAUCGACUUAUUAAAUACAAGUUAAAGAGAGAGUUAGUUUCCCCUAAAGAUGCCAAAUAUUUGAUGGGAACAUUGUUUACAACACUUCUGAAUAACAUGCAGAACAAAAUCCUGCACACAACUGAUCCUGUUAAAAUAAAUCUAUUCUCUGCUCAUGAGUCAACAGUACGUUUCUUGAAAGCCUUGCUAGGGGUAGAUAAUCAAAGAGAAGUGCCUUACAUUGGUGCUGUGAUUAUAGAACUUCAUAAAUUCAAUGAUGCCUACUAUGUCAAAUUUGUGUACAGAGAAGAUUCCAGAAGUGAAGCCUUACUAGUCAAUGGCUGCAAUAAUAUGACAUUAUGUCCCUUUGAGGUCUUUCAAAAAGCUUACCAAGAUCUGGUGUUUUCUAAUGAUGAAUGUGCUGACAUUCGUUUGGCCGAUGUAUCACAACAUUUUUUAAUUGACAACCUUGUUCCUAUCCUGGUUGCUGUUCUUGUGCUCUGUUUGGCACUCUUAGCCUUCCUAGGCUACAAGGUGUACACUGUGAAACAUCAGUUGAAGCAGACCCUGACCCAGGACCAAUACACUUUACUAGAGAAUGAUUUGGAGGUCAGUGAUAGUGAGAAGGAGUUUGAGCUGGAAGAAAUAAGUGGUCUCUAUGACAAGGUGUAUGACAAAGCUGGGAAUAGUCUACAGUGAAACACUUUUUAGGCCAGAUUAGUUCAUUUUAAAAUUAGUACUUGAUUACUCAUUCAGUUUUUGUCUGUGCUAUGUCUGAUUGCCAAAUUCACAAGAAUAAUCAUGAAAGUCACAAAAGUUUUAUGGUUUAAUUGUAGACCUUAGAAUAAGUACUGGAUACAUUUCAUCAGAGAUUUUCAUACACGGAGGUAAAGCCAUAAAUAGAAAUGUUUUAAUGCAUAUGGCAUACAGAAUAGGAUAAGCGAAUUAUUUGAAUAAAACCAUUUAGUUCUUUAUGAUUUUGUGGACUUUUAUUAAGUAGUGUAGAAUCAAAUUUCUUAGCUCUUUCACUUCUAGCACUAGGACUUUGUUUUGUUUAGCUGGCUAUUGUGAUCUAGGACUUUGUUUUGUUUAGCUGACUAUUGUGAUCUAGGACUUUGUUUUGUUUAGCUGGCUAUUGUGAUCUAGGACUUUGUUUUGUUUAGCUGACUAUUGUGAUCUAGGACUUUGUUUUGUCUAUUUAUUUCAAAUCUCU